GAAAUGAAUUUAUCACUACAAGCGAGUAUUACCGGCUUGUUUUUGAAAAAGUACGACAUUGGUGAUGGAUCCAACACCACCGAGUGCACAAGGCGAAGAUGCUCCAGAAAGGAGUGAUGUUCCAAAGGAUGAUCUUCUUUUCGAAAUUGCUGACAAAACGAGUUCUCUAUGGAAAGAGUUUGGUAGAAUGUUACAUGUACCUGAAGAAAAAUUGAGCAGUGUAAAUAUGGAACAAAAUAGAAUGGUAGAAAAGGCAUUUCAAAUGCUUCUACUCUGGAAGAGAGGUAAUGGAAGAAAUGCAACAGUAAAAACAUUGUUGAAUGUUUUAAAUGAAAUUGGCCGUCAAGAUGUUGCAGAAUAUUUACAAGACAAUCGUGAAAGAACGGAAAAGAAGUGCCGACAGCCACUUGAAGUAAUGGACAUUGCCAAAGAGCUAGUAAAUGAUUGGAAACCGCUGGGUAUAAAGUUGGAAAUAAGUCAAUCAGAAUUGGAAGGGAUAAAUGCUGAUUAUAAUCAUUCUGUGAAUGAAAAAGCAUGUCAAAUGCUUUCAAAAUGGCAAAAGGAAAAUGGAAGAGAUGCCACUUCAAAUAAAUUGAUUAAAGCUUUAUGCAGUAUUGGUCGUCGAGAUCUUGCAGAAAAAUUGCAACCAGAUACUGUAGACGAAGAGAAAAAAAGACAAUUUACAGGUCAUGUUUAUGCAAAGAAUCAUUCAUUGAAUAUACCCACAGAAAUUAAUGGAGACGAUAGGUGUCGCGGUGCAUUGACAAUGUUCUGUUGCAAAGGUGAAAAUUAUUAUGCAUUGACAUGUGCCCAUGUUGCAUGUGACACCCAAGAUCUACGAAAUGAGGUUUUGAAAAUAGCUGAUACAACAAACGCCCGAAAUACAAAAGAUGACAACAUAUAUUUCUAUCAGCCACCCAAUUGUGAUGACGAAAUACAACUGGGUACUUUCCCAUGCAGCACUGUUAGUAAGUUUAGCAGUGAAUCAGAUAUGAUGUAUAUUAAAGUCGGAAAGAAAGAGGAUUUUAAGCGUUUCGGUGGAGAUGAUAUGAAAAAUCUUGCUUUGAAUUUCAAAGAAAUAAAUGAAGAACUUUACAAAACAGCAAACAGCAAUAAAGGUGAUGUGGAAGUUCGUACAAGUAAUCACGUCACUGGUUUUAUCAGUGAACGAAAUUUUUCGUAUAUUGACGAAAAUUCAACAACAAUUUUCAAAAAUGCCGUCAUAGUAAAAAGUAGUGCUUCAUUUUUGGAGAAAAAUGACUCGGGAACUCUGGUUUAUUUCAAAGAUCUUAAAGAUGUUUGGUGGCCAUUUGCAUAUGCCGUGUGCAAAAUCAAUGAUGAUGAUAAUGGCAGCGAGAGUCAUAAGUAUAACAAUAAUGGUAAUUGUGAAGAUUCCAAGGAAUACUAUUUAUGCUUGAAAUUGGACAAAGCACUGCAACUGCUCGAUCUAAAGGACUGUGAAUUCUUUAUAGAAUCAGAAGAUGUUAAUCAUGGCACUUUGUCCAAUUGAAGAAAAAUUCAAAUAAACGAUGAUGUACAGUGUGCUUUUAUCGAAUCGAAAAUAAUUUAAAGUUAUUAGGUUUAUUUAGUUAUCAGGUUUAUUUAGUUUAUUAAGUUAUUUAGUUUUAAGUUAAACUAUGGACUUUAGUUUACUAAUGGGGUGGAUCUGUAGAAAUUGAUUUUGUUGGUUUUACUAUCUGGUUGGUUUUACUAUUUUUUGAUACCUCGGCCAAGUUUUAAUGCGAUGGAAUUGUUUUUGAAUUUAGAUUUAGCUUUAAAUACACUUGAAUUAAAAGCUCUAAGCAGUUUGUUUGGGCUUUGGUGCAUUGCAUAAGCAUUAUCUUUCUAUGAAUGUAAUCCAAGAUAGCAAUGACAAGUACAUUGUUUAUAAUGAGUUCAAAGAGGACAGAGAGAGAAGUUGGUUGUCUGUUGUCUUUGGACUUAUUCUUGAUUUGCAAUUUAGCAAUGCUUGAUGGUGAUCUGAUACAAAAGAAUAUUUAUCAGUGUUUAUGUUGGCACCUGCCUACGUGGGUGUGCAACAUGCACUUUUCUGAUAAAUUAGGGGCUGUUUACAUGAUCCCGGCUAACCGAGUUUCACUGAGGCGUGAAAUGAUUUCGAGGUAUUGAAAGGAGUCAAAACUCCAAGCUUAAAAAUUAAAACUGUUUAUUAAGUACUACGAGUCAUUCCUGCUGUAAUUCUCAAAUUAGGCCGAAAUUUCUUGUUGUAAUUUUAAAUGUUUUGUGCAAUUAUGAAACCAGAAUAUUGUGCAAUUGCCAGAGAAGAUUU